AUGGCCGGUGGUGCAACGAAAUACCGCCAUCUCAGCCGCAAGUCGUCGCAUCGACAGGCUCUCCUCCGCAACCUCGUUACCUCCCUCUUCAAACACGAGUCUAUCACGACGACAUGGGCCAAGGCCAAGGAGGCCCAGCGCCUAGCCGAGAAGCUGAUCACCCUGGGCAAGAAGAACACCGAGGCGAGUCGGAGACAGGCCCUGUCAACUUCUACGUACGUCUUUCCCCUCCCAACUCACGCAGCAUCCCAGUCCAGACGAACCAAGACCAAAACUAACGCGUAUCUCUUCGGCCCCCUCCGCGAACGCUACGCCCAACGCCCCGGCGGCUACACCCGGGUACUCCGCGUCGAGCCCAAGAAAGACGACCAGGCCCCCAGCGCCAUCCUGGAGUUGGUCGACGGCCCCAAGGAUAUCCGCUUCGCCAUGACGGCGCGCACCGUCGCCCGACAACGCGCCCAGGGCCUCGACACUCUCAACGAAUUGACGACCCUGAACGUGCGCAAGGUGACGCGGUUCCGCAAAGACGGCGUGGACCAGCUGGAGCGGGAGAUUAAGAAACUGGAACUGUCCAACGGCAAGGAGACGAAGCCCGCGAAACCGACGAAGACGAGCCAGGAGGCUGGCGCGACUUCGCCGCAAUAG